AUGCCACGGCCUGCCAGACACGAUGAACUACCUCGCUGGACGGGUCAGAUCAAUUGGGAAUGUCUCGGCUCGAUGGUAGACGGAACCGACGCAGAACCGGCGUCAACAGUCGAAGACCGCUGCCUUCCAGUCCUCGGCACGGAUUCGUUACCAUUGCCUCGUGGCAUUCUCGAUGCCACCAACAGGAGCAAGCUUUCUCAAGAUCCUUAUCAAACCCAAAACUUUUUGGGACCGCUCUCGAACCACGCUGAUUUGGCUAUCGAGUUUUUCCCAAUUCAGUACAUGGAAAGCUCAUUGGACACAGUUUCCCCUCGAAGCCCAUCCAAUAACCAGAGUAUGAGUGGCCGUCUGCAGCAGUGCCAGCAUGCUUUGCAGUCGUUGGGUUUCCCUUCGGUCGAUGCCUUUGCUCUCGAAUACUAUACAGCACGUCUGGGGCCCUUACCAAAAGGAUCAGGUGUAGAACAGCGCGAGGGUCUGAGUACACUUGAUCGUCUGCUCAUGUUGUUGCAGAAUGAGUUACCACGACUGGACACUAUGGACGCGAAUAAUUUACAUCAGGUUUACCCAAGAUUUGCUCGCGACCUUUGCAUUGUAGAGCUGCGAAACAUUGACCAUGCAUCGUACGAUCCAGAUAAAGCAGAAGACCAAGUGAGUGAGGUCGUCGACCAGGCACUUCAUAUGAACGGCUGA